UUUUUUUUUUUUUUUCUGAAAAAAAUUCUCUCUGUCUGAAAAGCUCACUCCUUUCCACAGCUUAACCAAGUUUCAUGCCCAAUUCGUCAAAAUUAGGGUUCCAUCUUCAUGUAAUUUGACCUCCAAAGCUAUGUCAGCGGAGGAAAUCUCCUUAGUUCCCUCCCAAAACGGCCUAAAUUCUCAGCUCGUCUUCCAAGACGACCCCUUGCGUUUCAACUGCGGGCCUCCUCAGCGCCGCGUCGGAGGGGAUCCAGGCCCCAAGAGAGCGACCAGAGAGCUCACUGGCUUCAUUGACGACAAGCUUUUCUCUACCUCUAACUCCGCCGCCGACGCCGCCAACAACCGUUACUUCUCCUCCCACCAGGGUGGUCCCGAAUUCCCGCGCAAUAUGUACCGGGAGAAUCGGAAUUGGAACGGGACCGGGACCAGCGGCGAAGAAUCAGACGGGGACGAGGACGAGGACGAGGACGACGAAGACGACGUCGAUGAUGAGGAUGAUGACGUGGGCGGUGGUGAUGGUGACCAUGAUAAUGAAGUGGGGGCACUGGUUGGUGUUAAUUCUAGUACUAGUAACACUAAUAACAAUAACAAUAGCGGCAAAAGCAAUAACAAUAAUACAGCCACUACUACUAGUACCACUAGCAAUACUGGUAAUGUAGAUAAAAUGGGAAACGGAAAUGGAAGGCCCAAACACCAUCCUUCUUUUGUAGGGGCUACUGGGGAAUUGAUGGCGGUGAAAGAUGGAGGUGGGAGUAUAGGCCAAACAGGGAAUAAUACGGUGACAAUAGCAGAACCUGAUGGGGACAUGUAUUACUCGCAGUAUUUGCAAGCAACAGAGGGGUCUGGGGGUGCAGGAAAGGACAUGGGUGUGGAGAAUGGUUGUGGUUUUAGUGGAAGAAAGGAAGGUUCAUCAUUUUCAUGCGAGUCUGGAGAGUCGUUGAGAGCCAUUUUAUCAGACCCAGUAACGGGAGCUCUAAUGGAUGAUGCAAUGAUUUUGCCUUGUGGACAUUCUUUUGGAGCUGGUGGAAUACAACAUGUUAUCAGAAUGAAAUCUUGCUACACUUGUUCCCAGUCAGUUUCUGAAGACUUGAUAGCUUCUAAUCUCUCACUCCGAGCUGCGGUGCAGGCAUUCCGCCGGGAAGAGGAGUUACAAUUUUAUCGCUCAUCCAAAAGGAGAAGGGAGAGGUUUGACCAGGAUAAAGGUGUUUAUGGUGAUUCACCAGGAGUAGAUACCCCAAGGGGUCGAGGUGUGCAGUUCCCAUUUGUGGUGACAGACCGCGUUAUUAUAAAGAGGGCAAAUGAAUCAGGGAAACAAGAGGACGCCUCAGCGAUUUGUUGGGCGGGAGGCUGUUGUGACUACACAAUGCUUAAAUGGAUGGUAUGUGGUGAAGACAUUGGAUAAUGCAGAGAGUGUAAAAUUGCAGUAUCGUUCUUUGGAGAAAGUUUCAGAUGAUCCAUCCUCUAAGGCAACGUCAAGCAAGAUGCCCCCAAAUUGGCUCUAGUCCUCCUUAUACCAAAUAGAGGCAGCAAUAUGGACUUUUUCACACAAAUCUAACUUUGUAUUUUACAGUUUUCUUGCUUGUCCCCUUUUCUGUAUUGUAUUUCUUACAUGCAAAUAUAGGGAUAUGAAUGCCUUGUAAAUUACAGAAGCCUGUUACAGUUGUAAUCUGAGGAACCCAGGAAUGUGAUUUGAGAAGUCAAGAAUAUGCAGUCAUUUUUGCUUCAAUUUCA